AUGGAUAUUGUUUGGACAAUUAGUAAAGUUGAAAAUAAUAAAUAUCAUUGGGAUAUCCUAGGGAUUAAUAAAGGCACUUCUCCUGAAAUUGUGGUACAAAAUGGUCACGUCAAAUCCGUGUGGGAAUUAAAGUUUAAAAAUCGUGUUUUAAUUAUGGAAAUAUUUGCAGUGUUGCUUUCAUGCAAUAUCCAAGACACGAUUUUCUAUGUUACCAUAACUAGUAAUGGCUAUCAAGCUACUAGGAGGAUAUCAACGAAUCAAAACCAUCCUUUAAAUAGUGUUCCAAGUUUUAGGCAUUUCAAUGGGAACUCCCAGAACUUUCGAGUACACCUUGAAGUACAAUGUGAAUCUGAUCGAUCGCAAAUCGAAUGCGAACGUAAAAAUCAAACCGUAACAGACAUCUCAAAGGAUUUUGCCAAUAUCUUGGCUAGCAAAGAAUUCAGCGAUGUGACCCUGGUCGCCCAAGAUCGAGUUGAAUUCAAGGCCCACAAACUUGUAUUAUGCAUUCGCAGUGAAGUUUUUGCAGCCAUGUUUCGCAAUGACCUGCAGGAGAAGCAAAAAACCGGCAGUAUUACCAUCGACGAUAUGGAUUCGAAAGUACUCAAGGAAUUGCUGAAUUACAUGUACACGGACCAGAAAAUACCCCAAGAAAUGGCAGCAGAUCUACUUGUGGCAGCCAAUAAAUACGCCCUGUUGGGUUUGCAAGAAAUGUGUGAAGAUAUGUUAAUCGAUACAAUGACUACGGACACUUUGGCUGAUAUUCUUCUACUGGGCGAUCGCCGUGCCAGUGAACGCAUUAAAUCAAAGGCUGUUCAAUUUGCAAUAGAAGAAAUUAAAGCCGUCUCGGCAACGGAGAGUUGGAAAAGAUUGCGAGAAAUCGAUCAUGAGUUAUGCAUGGACGUUUUGGAAAAGUCCAUACAGGAACGUUUGUAG